ACAAUGGUCGAGCACUAGUUAGGUACUCGCAUUAGUCUUCUUCAGAAUUUCGAUGCAGAAGAUAGAGUAUUUAUCAAAUAUAGAGAGUUCGGAAUAUUUCCUCAUUUUAGUGUCGUCGCAUGUUCCGUCAAUUCGAUGAAUCCAAUUUAAUUACCGGUCAAGCAAUCACUAAUGACAAUACGCGUGCGAACUGCAUGAUAUUGCUGAAUGUUGGCUGUGGCUGUUGCAAAUUAUUGCCAUUAUAGAUGUACUAUGUCAUGUGUAUAAAUAUUCUAAAAAUAAAGUAGGGGCGGCGCGAGAAUACACGAUUAUCGUGUUGUGAUGUUGUGUUUUGCCAUUACAGCUGGCGAAAGACCUCUCCAAUUAACGUUUUGUAUUUGGAUCCGAUGAUUUUCUUUGUCUCGUGCUGUCACCCGCCGUCGUUGACAAAUUAGCAAGACUGACCAGACGAAUUUGAAGACCAUGCAAGCAGGCUCCAACCACGAGUAAAUGAUGAAGUUCGACAUUUGGGCAUUACAUACCGCUACAUACUACUUGCCAAUAGGCUUUACUUGCAAAUACGACGAAUUGGUCGUUUUUGGACUGUAAGCAUGCCAAUUAACUUUGCGGCCUUAGACUUUUUGUCGCCGGGUCUUUUGGAGAUAGAACUCUCAGAUUCGAGGCAAGUUCUGUACGAUCAGAAGUACAGCCUUAAGGUACCAACGGGACCGGGUCAGCAUAGAGAGUUCUGGGUAGCACUUGAGACACCUUUACAAAUCCUGGAUGUUGGAAUUUAUCAGACUGUCGAGAUCACAGUCUGUUUCUUCCGACCCAGUACGGGCAGCAAACCGAUGCAGGUAACCACUCGACGCCGAGUUUACACCCCUGCGCACUAUCUGUUGUGGUGUGACUUCUACCCAUUCAGCGAUCAACGUCAAGGGCUUGGCCUGCUCACAAGAGCAAACCGUCUCGAUAUGGGGUACGUCCGCCGCAUCAUUGUCCGCCUACAGUGCAACACAAAUAUGCCAGAUUUCUGGACUGAAGGUGAGCAUAGUAUAAUAGAAAUGUAGAUUAAAAUUCGACGUGAACGAGACCAAGUUCAGUAUUUGAUUUCCAUUACAGUCGAG